UCGGGCCCCUGAUUGGCUGGCGGCUCCUGCCUCUCUGAGCUUGGGUUCUAGCUCCGCCCCUGCGGGCAGCGCCCGCUAUUUGGCCGCGGCGGUCCGCAGACUCGAGCGUUCUGUGACCCCGCAGCAGUCGGGUCUGCGGCGGACCAUCGUCCCCUAGGGGCUAAGAUGGAUCUUGUACUCAGUGCUGCAGAUUAUUAUGUUUUCACGCCAUACAUGUAUCCAACCACCUGGCCAGAGGAUGACUUCUUUCGACAAACUAUUAGUCUCCUGAUUAUAACAAAUCUUGGUGCUUAUAUCCUUUAUUUCUUCUUUGCAACACUGAGUUAUUAUUUUGUCUUUGAUCAUUCAUUAAUGAAGCAUCCACAAUUUUUGAAGAAUCAAGUCUAUCGAGAGAUUAUGUAUACUGUCCAGGCACUACCAUGGAUGAGUAUUCCCACCGUUUCCCUGUUCCUGCUGGAAUUGAGAGGUUACAGCAAAUUAUAUGAUGACAUAGGAGACUUCCCCCAUGGCUGGUUCCACCUCAUUGUUAGUGUGCUGUCCUUCCUCUUUUUCACUGACAUGCUCAUCUACUGGAUUCACAGAGGCCUUCAUCAUAGACUUGUCUAUAAGCGCAUACAUAAACCUCAUCAUGUCUGGAAGAUUCCUACUCCAUUCGCAAGUCAUGCUUUUCACCCUGUGGAUGGCUUCCUGCAGAGUCUCCCUUACCACAUAUACCCUUUUCUCUUUCCAUUGCACAAGGUGGUUUAUUUAGGUUUGUACAUCUUGGUCAAUAUCUGGACGAUUUCCAUUCAUGAUGGUGAUUUUCGUGUCCCCAAAAUCUUAAAGCCAUUUAUUAAUGGCUCAGCUCAUCAUACAGAUCACCACAUGUUCUUUGACUAUAACUAUGGACAGUAUUUCACACUGUGGGAUAGAAUUGGCGGCUCAUUCAAAAACCCUUCCUCUUUUGAAGGGAAAGGACCACUUAGUUACGUGAAGAAGAUGACGGAGGAAAAGUCCAAUGGCCGUGCAGGAAAUGGUUACAAAUAUGAAAAAUUAUUCACUGGAGAGUUUUCAAAGACUGAGUAGAUUAUUGCGAAAUUAUUAAAUAUUUUUAAUUAGAAAAAUAAUCUAUAUACAGCCAAGAGACGUAGCAAGUAAAUGGUAUCAUUUGAAAGGCAGCAUUGCAGGAACUGCAGACGAAUGAUCAUAAUGGCAGGUGAGGGCGGAAACUGUGAACACGAGGAUUUUAAACUCGUUCUUAAAAUACACGAAGGUGGUCUAAGGGACCACCUGUGUCUUUCCAUCCAACAUCGCUGUAAUUUGUAUGGCCUCCACAACCAUUUUUUAAUAAGAUAGUAAGUAAAUUACUGAGGGGACUAGGUUAUGUCCUUUUGCCUUAAUCUACUAUAUUCAUUAAGAAAAAUUCAUUGUGCUUAAUAAUACCAAGACUAAGCACCAUAACAAAGAAAUACUAGUAUAAAGAUGGUUUCUUGUUUCAGGAAUAGUUGUCUUUGGUUUUGGUGUGAUUUGUUAUGUGGAAACAUCAGUGUGAAGAAAUAUUCUAAUAUAACAUCUUAGUGGCUUUGUAAAUGCCCUGAUUAAUAGCACUGUAAUUAGACUGUCACUUCCUACACACAUAGGGAAUUUAUUCUCUGGGGGCACUGUUAAACAAUCCAUUUUACUGAUGAAUAAAUUUAGGAUUUUAAAAAAUUGACCAUGAUUUAAUUCAGAUCUGGGAUUAUUUAAAGAUGUUGAUGGUUAUUAUUUAAAACCAUUAUUUAGUAAAAGUAUAAAAAUCUGUGAAUCUGUGCAGUGUUCCCCCCUUAUUUGUGGGGUGUAUAUUCCAAGACCCCCAGUAAGUGCAUAAAACUGCAGCUAUUUCCAAGCUACAUAGUUUGGAUAUCUGUAUUUCCAAACCAUAUGUAUGUAGUUUGGAGAGAGAUAUAUAUAUCUAUAUAUCUACAUAUAGAUAUAUAUGUUUUGGAAAUAUAUAUACACACAUACAACAUACACAGUAUGUUUUUUCUGUACAUACAUAGCUAUGAUAAAGUUUAAUUUAUAAAUUAGGGACAGAUUAACAACAAUAACUAAAAAUUACUGUAGUUAGAAAAUUUGAUACUCAAAUAAUAUAUUUGACACUACUGAUUUUUUAAAUUAAGUCGAUGCACUGCACUUUUUUAUUGUUCAAUGUAUUUUGAGGAAAGUGAAAUGUAAAGUAUUGUUUUUAUGAAAAUCUUACCACAGAAGCUCUUCAACAUUUAAAGGUGAUAACCAUUACUGAUAAAAUAUGACAUUGUUCAUAUGAUUCAUAGGAAAAUAACAAGAUCUUCACUGAGAAUUUUCUAAUUUCUCAUACAACCCUGAAACCAUAUAUGUCAAAAAUCACAAAUAAAGACAAAAUUGGUUCAGUUUUCAAAUAUGAGUGGAAUGUGUCGUAUUGAAUUAAUUUUACAAAAUAAAAUAUCCAAUGGCACUAUUCAUUUUGGCUGGA